AUGGCUGAUAUUGGACGGGGGCCCCCCGGGGGGGCCCCUGGCUCCCCCUGCCAUCUGACGGGGCAGCCAACCCUGGCCACUGCAGCGCAGCAGGCGGUAGCAGCAGCAGCAGCAGCAGCUGCUGCUGCUGCUGCGCCGCAGCACAACUCUGGUGCAAGUGCCGCAAAUCUUGCGGCUGAAGAAGGCGCUCUGCAGCAGCAACUGCAGAAGCAGCAGGAUGCUGGAAAGCAUAAGCAGCAGCAUGAGCUGCUGCUCCAAAUGAGGAUGCGACUGCAGCAGCAGCAGAAGCAGCAGCAGCAGCAGCAGCAGCAUUGUCAAGCAAUGCUGAAAGAACAGGACAUCGGAGGAGGUCUCGAGGCUGAGCAGCUUGAGGAUCAGCAGCUGCUGCAGCAGCAAUUGAUUCAGCAGCAGCAACAGCAACUUCUGCAUUUGCGGCAGCAGCAGCAACAACUCCUGCAUCAACAGCAGCUUCCGCAGCAGCAGUUACUGCAGCAGCAGUUGCUGCAGCAGGCACUGGAGCAGCAGCAGCAGCAGCUGCAGCAACAGUCGCAGCAGCGACAGCAAUACCAAAUACUGCAGCACCUGCAGCAGCAGCAGCAGCGCACGAGGCCCCAGCAGUCAAAUACGGACAGCCACACUCAGCAGCAGCUGCUUCUGCGCCUGCAGCAGCAGCUGCUGCAGCAGCAGCAACUACAGCUGCAGCAACAACAGCAGCAGCAACGGGCACAGCAGCGGCACCUGCUGCAGCAGCUGCAGCAGCAGGCCGCACAGCGGCCACAUGCAGCCCAGCAGCAGCAGCAGCUUGAAUGCCAGGUGCAGCAGCAAGAGCCACAAGCGCAGCAGCUGCAAGAGCAACACCGUCAGCAGCAGCAGCAACAACAUAAGCGUCAGCUGCAGCAGGAGCUGCAGCAGCAGGAACAGCAGCAGCUGCUGCAGCAGCAACAGCAGCCUCAAAAGGAGAUGCUGCAGCAGCGUCUCCCUCUGCAGUCGGGCUCCCCGCAGCUGCAAGAGCAGCAGCACAGUUUGCUGCUUGAGGCGCAGCAGCAGCUGCUGCGCCAGCAGCAGCUGCAGAACCAGCAGCAGCUCAAGCAGGAGCCCAUGCAGCAGCGUCUUCAGCAGCAGCUGCUGCUGCAGAUUCAGCAGCAGCAGCAGGAGCUGCUGCGGGCAAGCCCACAUUUGCAGGGAGGACAGCAGUGGCAGCAGCAGCAGCAGCAGCAGGCGCCCUCCCAAAAGGCAGCAGCCCCUGCAGCAGCAGCUCUGGCGACAGGCGCCGCAGCGCCGGCAGCAGCAGUUCCUGCUGCUGCUGCUGCUGCUGCUGCUGCUCCUGGCGCUGCUGCGAGCUUAGGCCCCAAGGCUGCUGCUGCAGGGCGCAGCACAUCGCCUAUAAGUCAGAGUAAGACCAGCGCAGCAGCAGCAACAGCAGCAACAACAGCAACAGCAGCAGUAGCAGCUGCAGACGCGGCUGCUGCUGCUGCUGCUGCAGGAGUGAAACGCACCUUGGCGGUGCCUGCAGCAGCAGCGGCAACAGCAGCAGCAGCAGCAGCAGCACCAGCUGCUGCUGCUGCUGCUACUGGAACGCUCCCUCCAGCUGCUUCCCCGACAGGCACAUUGGAAGAAGCGAGCGUCGACAGCCGGGAGCCGAGCAGCAGCUUGCCUGGCGUGUGUGCUGCUGCUGCAGCAGCCCCCACCAGCAGCAGCAGCAGCAGCAGCAGCAGCAGCAGCAGCACGGGGCUGCAGUGGGCGAAGUACGGGGAGUCGCAUGCAGCGGAAGCUGCUGUGCCUGCUGCCUUUCUGUGGCAGUCGCCUGAGGGCUGCUGGUGCGGCUAUGCUGCGGACUUUUUGCUGUACAACAAAACAGCAGAGCGGCUGCUGCCCGUGGAGGCGCUGGUGAGUUUUGCUGCAGCAAACCCCUUGCUGCUGCGUCUCAGCAGCAGCAGCAGCAGCAGCAGCAGCAGCAGCAGCGCCUCUGCAGCGGCCCACUGCAGCGGUAGCCUGCUUCGCACUGAAACACCGCUUUGUGCUGCUGCUGCUUUGGCGGCGGCGGCGCUGCUGCUCCGGCUUCACGUUCCGCUACUCCGCUGCUGCUGCUGCUGCUGUGCUGCUGCUGCUGCUGUGCUGCUGCUGCUGCUGUGCUGCUGCUGCAGGAGCAGGAAGAGCCCGGAGAAGUGGUGA